AUGUCUGAGAUCAAGACAGACGUUGGCGGCGUCGACAGCGCAUUCGACGUACAAACACCAAUCCUCGAAAACAUGGUCGUAGGGGUACCGCCAGUGUUUGAAGGGCUCACCAAGCAGCUCGACAAGAUUGUUGAGCAGCCACUGCUCGGUCCGAAAGCCAAGUUCCCCACAGCUACGUUUGCAUUUGGACGUAAAAAUGUGUCUGGCAGGCGGUUACCACAGGCUAUUGCCCACCGAGGGUACAAGGCCAAGUUCCCCGAGAACACUAUGGGGGCGUUCAAGGGAGCAGUUGAAGUAGGCGCAGAGGGUCUGGAAACAGACGUACAUCUGACGAAAGAUGGUGUAGUCGUAUUAUCUCAUGACAAGGACCUGAAGCGGUGUUUUGGCAGAGACGAGAAGGUUAUAGACUGCAACUAUGAGUUCAUAAGUAAGCUGAGGACGUUGAAAGAACCCCACGAGAAGAUGCCUCGUCUCUUGGAUCUGCUCGAGUAUCUUGCACAACCUGGACUCGAAGAUAUCUGGGUGUUGCUCGAUAUCAAGCUUGACAACAACGCGGACGAUGUGAUGCGCUUGAUUGGUGACACAAUUCGGAGUGUGGCUCCGUCACCAUCUAGGCCAUGGCAGAAGCGUAUCGUGCUAGGGUGCUGGGCAGCCAAGUACCUUCCGCUAUGCUCACGGUACCUGCCUGGCUUCCCAAUCUCGCACAUUGGCUUCUCAACGCUGAUUGCGUCGUAUUUCUUUACUGUACCGAACGUCUCUUUCAACAUGGCACAGGCCAUUCUCAUGACGCCAUGGGGUCGGCUGUUUAUACGGAAAGCUCAGAGCGACGGUCGGCCCGUGUACGCAUGGACGGUGAACGAGGAGAGCCGGAUGCGAUGGGACAUACGGCACGGCCUUGAUGGCGUCGUGACGGACGACCCGAAGCUCUUUCUGGAGGUUCGGAAGUCGUGGAACGAGGGAACGAGAGACGGGGUGACGAUGAUGACAUGGCUGGACGUGCUGCGGAUCAACUUCUUCUGUCUGAUAUACACGGUCUUGUUCCAGUGUUACUUUGGGUUUCAGCCGCGUUCGCAGCCCACCACGUCGCUGAUCAAGACCACAAUGCCUAGAGAAAUCAUAACACUGCAGGCUGGCCAAUGCGGCAACAGCGUCGGGCAGCAGUUCUGGCAGCAGCUCUGUCAAGAACACGGUAUCAAUCGCGAUGGCAACCUCGAGGACUUUGCGACCGAGGGCGGUGACCGCAAAGACGUCUUCUUCUACCAGUCAGACGACACCCGCUACAUUCCACGCGCCAUUCUUCUGGAUCUCGAGCCCAGAGUCCUCAAUUCCAUCCAGUCGAGCGCCUACAAGAACAUCUACAACCCCGAAAACUUCUACAUACACAAGGAUGGCACCGGCGCCGGAAACAACUGGGGCAUGGGCUACAGCAUGGGCGAGCAGGUGCACGAGGACAUUUUGGAUAUGAUUGACCGUGAGGCUGACGGCUCAGACUCACUCGAGGGUUUCAUGAUGCUGCACUCCAUCGCUGGUGGUACUGGAUCCGGUCUCGGCUCAUACAUGCUCGAACGACUGAACGACAGAUUCCCAAAGAAGCUGAUCCAGACAUACAGUGUCUUUCCCAACACACAGGACGGCGACAUCGUCGUCCAACCAUACAACAGCUUGCUGAGCAUGAGACGCUUGACACAAAACGCAGACUCCGUGGUUGUCCUCGACAACGGAGCCUUGACAAGGAUUGCCGCAGACCGACUGCAUGUCAUGAACCCCUCAUUCGAGCAGACCAACCAGUUGGUGUCCACCGUCAUGUCCGCCAGUACCACGACCCUCCGUUAUCCUGGAUACAUGCACAACGACCUUGUGGGUAUCGUUGCAUCGCUCAUUCCCACACCGCGCUGUCAUUUCCUCAUGACUUCUUACACCCCCUUCUCCGGCGAGAACGUAGAGCAGGCCAAGACGGUUCGCAAAACAACCGUCUUGGACGUUAUGAGACGACUCUUGCAGCCCAAGAACCGCAUGGUCUCUACAAACCCCACCAAGAAGAGCUGCUACAUGUCCAUUUUGAACAUUAUCCAGGGAGAGGCCGACCCUUCAGAUGUGCACAAAUCGCUUAUGCGCAUUCGCGAACGUCGUCUCGCUACCUUUAUACCGUGGGGGCCCGCCUCUAUUCAAGUCGCCUUGACGAAGAAGUCUCCCUACGUGACCUCCUCACACCGAGUUUCGGGACUUAUGCUUGCGAAUCACACAGGUAUCGCCACACUCUUCAAGCGAAUAGUAGCGCAAUACUCCACGCUCAGAAAACGUAACGCUUUCCUUGAGAGCUACAAACGUGAAGUGCCCUUCAAAGAUGGUCUCGGCGAAUUCGAUGAAGCUAAGGAAGUUGUACAAGGUCUAAUUGCAGAAUACGAAGAGGCUGAGGAUGCCGACUAUCUGACCAAAGAGACAGCGCCGCCUGCAGCUGAAGCUGACGAUGCGAGAGUGGGCUAA